CUACAAAGAUUUAUAAUUAUUCCGUAAUUUACGUGGUUGUUUCAGUGUGUAAAGUUUAGCGAGUUACUUCGGUGCUCUGUAUAUCCUCUAGUGUAGCUUUAAUUAGUCAGAAAGGAUUUUCUAGUAAGACACGAACUGCCUAUGGAUAAAACACCUUCGAGAAGUACAUUAGAGAAUGAAACGCCUGAGCCAGUUGGGCUCACUGUGGGCAAGCCAAUGAGUGCUGCACUGAAGGACAGAUUAAAAAGAGCACAACGUUCUUUUACUUCCCCACUCAGUGUGGUUAAAAGACUUAAAGUUGACGAGGCGGAAUUCCCGCAGGCUUCAAACAAAGAGACGACAGCGGGAGACGAGGGUGUAAUGGAUGUCACCAGAAAUGAGACUGGAAGAGAAGACUGUCUGAAGUGCUUUGGGUCAGAUUGCCCUCAGCACUCUCAAUAUGAAUUACUUCAACAGAAAUUAAAGAAAGAUGUUAAAGAGAAAUCUGAAACUUUACGAAGGCUUAAGAUGGUUAAAAUGUACAGAAAAAAGAAUGACCUGACACAGCUGCAAGGACUGAUAGAUAAAUGGAGACAAUGUGCUCAAGCAGUGCUGUAUGACCUACAAACAGAAUUGCCUACAGAUGGCCAGAAGGCCAGUCUCUCCCAGCUCAUUGACCACUUUGGACUGGAGGACUGUAUACUUCACUUCAACAGGACAGAGGAGGAAUUCACAAACAGCUGAUGUACGAAUAUUGUUUUUGUUAUUCAUCAUCAGACUUCAGGUGUUUCAAAAAGACAGUUUCAAGUGUUUUCAAUCCACCAAAUUGACAGCACUAAAUUAAAAUGGUCCCUGAUUGGUUUUGUUAAAAUUAAAUUUUAGAAAUGUAUUUCUAAAAUUACAAAUGGAAUUUGCAGCUGGAACUUGUUAGAUUUGUUUUACUGUUUUGCACAUUGUGGUGCAUUUUUCUCUAUGCUCUCACAUAACAUGGAUGCAUUUUUGUGCCUGUUCUAUAUGUAAUUAAAAUGUGAUUGUAAAUAAAGGUAAAUAGAAUUUCUUAUUUUUUAACCAGCGCUCAUUUUAAAAUCCUGUUUUAGUGAUGAUUAUGUUGAGAAAAAGCAGAGGGGAGUCUUCACUUGCAUACUCGGCUCAGGUCAUGUUUGGUCCUUGGCCUCCUCUACAAAUUAUUCAUCAUAACCCUUUUGUU